AUGAUGUCGUUCUUCCCUAGGCCUUCAUCGGCCUUUACAUGGACUUCUCGAUGCCAGAAUGCAGCACCAAUAUGGGCGCCACUAGCACCAGAUACAACAUCAAGAUUUUCGCAGGCGCUUUGCGACUCUCUAGAAGAAUCUGAUCGCCCAAAUUUCCAACGGCUCAUAUCAUGGGAGAUCAUCCCCUGUCUACACCGACUAUUACCCUCCCUCGCUCCCAGCCAUUCACCGUCACCCGAACCCUCUCCUCCACAAGAACAAACCUCAUGGGUCGGCGAUCAUGUAGAUACCCCAGAGACGAGGCCAGAGCUUUCAUCCUCUGAUUCCUAUCCUCAGUUCAGCACUUCCUGGAUUUCUUUCGAGGAGAUAGCGCACACUGACGCCAUACUCCCUCCUGAAUACACGGUACCCAUUGAGUUUGACACAGAAGCUUUUCCCCAACAUGGCCAUCUCUUCCCCUCCUCACCAAACGGCACAUGGCUUAAUGAGUCUGUUCACGCAUUGACGCAUCCUACGGCUGUUGAUUACGCAGCGCUGUAUGCGAAACUAUGUGCACUGGCUGAGGAAGCAACGGAUGAGUUCGCUGCAAGAGUAAACCGAGCGUUCGAAGGUAGUGACGUACCGGCAAUGCAUGAUAAGGUCAUGAAGAUCUUCCCGUCGGUUUCGACGCCAGAUAUGAGAGAUUUGGAGAAGGCUGUAGAUGCUGGGUGCGACUGGGGGGUUGACGUAUUGGAGCGGAGAGGUCGGGGUAGGACUUGAAGGCGGCGAUGGUGAGUAAAGCGUGGGCAGAAGUGCGAC